AUGGGGCAGAGAUCUUGCAUAAGAGAUCUUGCCACAUUGAUUGGUGUUUCAAAAUCAACAGUCCAUAGAAUGGUUCAAAGGGGACUAAUUAGGCCACACACAAACCCAUUGCACCCUGGGUUAAAGGAUGCCAACAAGUUAACCAGGUUAAAAUGGAUUUUGAAGUUACUAAUGGGAGAUAGUCCUCUUACUAAGAGAAAAUAUUUCCCAAUGUAUGACUUUGUGCACUUGGAUGAGAAAUGGUUUUACUUGAGUAACAAAUCUCAAAGAGUAUAUUUAGCCAGAGAUGAGGAGGGCCAGUACAGAGCAGCAAGCAGCAGUAAGUUCAUACCAAAAGUAAUGUUUACAGCAGUGGUGGGGAGGCCAAGAUACAAUGAAGAAGGCGAAUGCACUUUUGAUGGGAAAAUUGGCAUUUUCCCAUUCACUUACCAAGAGCCAGCAAAGAGGUCAUCAAAAAACAGAGCAAGGGGAACUAUGGUCACCAAAGUGGUGGAAUCAGUGAACCAGAGGGUCACUAGAACCAUACUCAUAGAGCAAAUCAUACCAGCUAUCGUAGCAAAAUGGCCACAAGAUGAUGGGGGGCCAAAAACAAUAUACAUUCAACUGGAUAAUGCCAAAGCUCACAUAUCACAAGAAGAUCCACAAUGGCAAACAGUUUGUCAACAAAAUGGCUUCACUUUCAUUUUAAUCCAACAACCACCCAAUAGUCUAGACUUGAACAUCCUAGACCUUUGA